GUUCAUCCUGUCUCUUAAGCGUGCUCCUGACACCGCCUCUCUUCAGACUUAGGCCUAGAAGACCACAACAUGGACCGAGGGAACGCACGGCACAAAGAGGCCGUGGCUCUGAAUAAACCCUCGGAUGUCGAGGCGGCGACGUCGCCCUCGGGCAAGCAGUACCGGCCCAUGAACAUCAACCACUACGCCACCAAAAAGAGUGCGGCUCAGAGCAUGCUGGACGUGGCCCUGCUGAUGGCCAACUCGUCGCAGCUGAAGACCGUCCUCUACGUGGGGCCCCAGUACCGCUUCUACAUCCCCCUCAUCGUCCUCCUGUCCGUGUCCAUUGCGCUGCAAGUCAUCGUGGGCCUGCUGCUCGUCUUCAUUGCAGUGAAGUACGAUUUGAACGACGUGCGCAAGCACGCCAAACUGAACAUGAUGAACAACGUGGCGACAGUCUUUGUCUUCUUCACCGUCCUUGUUAACAUCUUCAUCACAGCGCUGGGCUUUGAGGGACACGCCAUAAGGUCAGCACAACAGCCAAUCAUGAUGGAAGCCAUACCUCACAUAGAUCCUGCGCCUUUUCAACUCAACACGACGGUCUUUUGAACGUUAUUUAAAAGUGUUUUUAUGACAUUGUUUUCAUUUGCACACGCUAAGCUAUUUAAAAAGUACUUUUUAUGCUCGUUAUUCCGAAUGUCGUCUUUCUAUGCCCGUCUUCGAUGUUUGUUGCAAGUCACCAUUUUGAACACAUGUUCAUAUUCUGUGAAAAUAUGGUUGAUCCCCACAUGCAACUAUUAAAAUGUUCUACUCUUCCGUGACAACUUUUCACAAAAAGUUGGUGUGUUUUUGUCAAAAUUAAUCAAAGCAUUCAUUCGUUGAUCUACAGUAAUAGCUCGACUCACCAGUUUUUCAGAAUAAGAACUGUCAUCAUAUGAAGAAGCUGCUGAUGGUGUAUUUGACCGAGAAGCAGGAAAAAUGUGAGACAACAGAUAUCUCCUAAAAGGCUCAGUGUGCCUGCAAAGUUUCACACAGUUUUAUGAAUUUGUGGCCACAUUACGUUUUUAUUUGGUAAACGGAUGUCACAUGACGUCACAUGACGUCACAUGACAGCUUUCACUUGAUGUGCAGGCAGCAUUGACAAGAACCACACAGAAUAUUGCUGGUGGUU